AAUCACUGAGCGUUCAGUGCUAGUAUCUCGGAUUGUGAUUGGUGGAUGGUGUUGGCUUUCGACCAAUCGCUGAGCGCUUCCUUAGACAGUCUGAGCACAUUGCUUACAUUGGACCGACACUGGGCUCAAGGUUUUCUCUGCCCUGGAAGGAGGAAACGCGGUGACACCAUGGGUGUGUUGUCCACCUUGAUGAGGGGUCUGGUAAGAGGAGCGGACAGGAUGUCUGAGUUCACCAGCAAGCGUGGAUCAAGGACUCAUAAUAAAGGCAGGGGCGCAAGGCCCACUGGACUGAAGCUCUCCAGCUCAAAGUUUCUGUCCAUACGGACCAUGAUUCCUGAGUUUGUGGUGCCUAACUUGGAGGGAUUCAAACUUAAACCCUACGUAUCGUAUCGCUCUCCUCAAGGAACAGAGCCUCCAGUCACGGCACAAAGUGUGUUUGCUGAAGUUGUGGCCCCUCAGAUAAAGAGAGAUUUUGAAGAAGGUACUUUCAGCAAAGGACAGCUGGAGAAAUAUGGAUUCAAUCCCACACAGGAGGGGAAGCUCUUCAAGCUGUAUCCCAAGAACUAUGUGCGUUAAAGAUGCACUCACAGUGUAAUGUAUUGACAAAGAAAGACACAGACUUCUGAUUAGACUGAAAGCUACAGACUAGCUGAUGUGACACCUUCACAAAUGGGACUGUAUAUUAUGUUUAAAAAAAUCUAUUUCCUACACGUGGUUGACUUUUCUGUUAUUUGAUCAUCCGGCAAAAUAAAAACUUAAAGGGUUAUGAUCCAUACUGCA